AUGGUCGGACGUUGGACUACUGUAGCGGCCAUUGGUCUGCUUGCUGUGAGCACAAACGCAUCUCCACUGGAAUCUGUGAAACGACAAUCACAAGGUUACAAAACACCAUCAUUUGACUUUGGUGGGCAAAAAGUCCGCGGAGUCAACACUGGUGGCUGGUUUGUGCUUGAGCCUUGGAUCACUCCCAGCAUCUUCGAAGGCAAUGGUGCAGUUGACGAGUACACACUUGCUGGAGCAAUGGGCAAGGACGCGGCCAAAUCCAUGCUGCAAAACCACUGGAACACAUGGUAUACUCAGGACGACUUCAACCAGAUGGCUGCCGCCGGUCUCAACAUGGUCCGAAUUCCAAUUGGCUGGUGGAGCGUACUUCCACGUGACGACAUGCCAUAUAUUGCUGGAGCCUACGACAAGUUUGGUGAAGCCCUUGACUGGGCCGGAGCUGCAGGUCUCAAGGUCAUGAUUGAUCUCCAUGGCGCACCCGAGUCACAGAACGGCUUCGACAACUCGGGCAAGCGCGGCUCGGUUGGCUGGACUCAAGGCGACUCAGUCGACUACACUAAGAAAGUGCUGAACAAGCUCCGCGACGACCAUGCAUCACACCCUGCUGUCGCCGCUAUCCAGCUCCUGAACGAGCCUCUGGGUCCGGCCCUGGAUAUGAACACUGUCCGACAAUUCUACAUGGACGGUUGGGGCAACCUCCGAGAUUCUGGUGUUGCUGUGACGUUCCAUGAUGCCUUCCAAGGCGUGACUUCAUGGAACCAGUGGGGUAGCGGCAUGUGGAACCUGCUUCUCGACACUCACCACUACGAAAUCUUCGACAACUCGGCCGUUGCCAUGAGCGUCGACGACCAUGUCAAGACUGCUUGCGGCUUUGGCAAGCAGAUGGCAUCGACUGGCAAGUGGACUAUCUCCGGAGAGUGGACCGGUGCCAUGACCGACUGCACCAAGUGGUUGAACGGCAAGGACAAGGGAGCGCGUUACGACGGCACUCUUGACGGAAGCUCCAAGGUCGGCAGCUGCGACGGCAAGUAUACCGGUACCGUUGCCAAUCUUUCGGAAGACUACAAGACGGGCAUGCGACGUUACAUUGAGGCACAGCUUGAUGGAUUCGAGAUGGCCAGCGGAUGGAUUUUCUGGACGUGGAAGACGGAGAGCUCACCUGAGUGGGACAUGAAGGCUUUGCUAGCCAACGGCGUCUUCCCACAGCCACUGACCUCGCGAAAGUUUCCUGGCCAGUGCAACUAA